CCACCGGAUAAAUAGAAAACAUCAACUGUGCCCUCUUGCAGUUUUUCUGGGGAAAAUUUCUAAAACCAUCUCCUUGAAAUAAGCUUGCCCAUCACCGCCAGUGUAUUACACCCGUUGGAUCGAAAAGAAAUGAUAUAAGCCAUUGAUAAGAAAAAAAUACCUAAAGGCUAAAGAAGUUCGAUAAAAGAAAAGGGGUUUCUCCUAUUCUCUUCGCGAAAGCUGAAAGGUUCAAGCUUUCUCCUCUUCAAACUAGAAUUUUUCAACUAUGUUUGUUAAAAAUUCUUUUUUAGUAAAAGGGUCUUUUUUUAGAUGCUUUUCAUCAUCAUCAUCUUCCUCAAGCAUGCUUAAAAUCGGAGAUGUUUUAAGACACAGAAGAACAUUUUCAAAUGAAGAUGUUAGUGAGUAUUCUAAAGUGAGUCAUGAUGUAAAUCCUUUGCACUUCGAUUCUGAAUCUGCUCGAGCUCAUGGGUUUGAAGAUCGGCUUGUUCAUGGCUUGCUUGUUGCUUCAUUGUUUCCUCGGAUUAUUUCCUCCCACUUUCCUGGAGCUAUAUAUGUUUCACAAAACUUGCACUUCAGGUCUCCAAUUUACAUUGGAGAUGAAGUUGUGGGUGAGGUAGAAGCUAUCAGUAUUAAACAAAGCAAGAAGAUAUACAUAGCAAAGUUGUCAACAAAGUGCUUCAAGAAUGGCGGACUUCUUGUCAUUGAUGGAGAGGCCAUGGCAAUUUUACCAACUCUUGCUAUGGAACAAGUUCAUACCGUUGCAGGGACAGAACCACAUUGAGGGUGAAAGGGGUAGUGUAAUUAUUUUGUUUUGAGAUUACUCAAAUUAAGUCCCGGCCUUCUUUAAUUUUUCGGUUUAAUUUAUUUAUUAGGGCUUAUCAGUUUUGAGACUAGUUAAAUUGAGCCUUGUCCCCAACUUUUUAUGGUUUACUUUUUUUAGGUCCCUAUAGUUUUAAGAUUAGCCAAAUUAA